CUGUUGUCAAUGUUUGGUAUCAAAGUCUUGUUGGUAUGGGUUGGUUAUUGGUAAGGUGAUUCAUACAAACAAUAAGUAAAUUUUCGAGUUAGUCAUUCGUAAUUUAGUGCGUGAGAUAAAUUAUUGUUAAACAAUUAUCUUUCAAAAUGUUUUCCACAAACCCUAAUUAUACAAAACUAAAAACACACCUGCGUCUGGCGAUAAAUAGACUAAAGUUGCUUGAGAAGAAGAAAACUGAACUGGCUCAGAAAGCUAGGAAAGAAAUUGCUGAAUAUAUAGCUGCGGGGAAGAGUGAAAGAGCCAAAAUACGAGUGGAACACAUCAUCAGAGAAGAUUACAUGGUGGAAGCUAUGGAGAUUGUGGAAAUGUACUGUGACCUUGUGUUAGCAAGGUUUGGACUUGUGACACAGAUGAAAGAGUUAGACGAGGGACUGGCUGAGGCCAUAUCCAGCCUUAUAUGGGUAGCUCCAAGAAUGCACACUGAUGUACAGGAACUAAAAGUCAUAUCAGACUUAUUCACAGCGAAAUAUGGAAAGAUCUAUGCUGAUGCCUGUAGAAAUGAAAAUGUUAACACUGUCAGUGAGAAAUUGAAACACAAGAUGUCAGUUCAGAGUCCACCCAAGAUACUGGUUGAGAGGUACCUGAUAGAGAUAGCUAAGAAUUAUAAUGUGGAGUAUACCCCUGAUGAGCAAGUCAUGAGGGAAGAUGAAGGACGCGACGCCAUGUUAAUAGACAUCAACGGUCCCCCAAUGCCUCCUGGCUUCAUCGGCUACCCUAAUCAACCGCCAAUGAACAUGCCUGGAGGGCCUCCACCACCACCUAAUGUGCAACCAUUUAGCUACCCUUCAAUGCAACCUUCCGGCGGUAAGGUUGGAGGUUUUGUCGCUACGCCUCCGGCGUUCGGCGGCCCCAGCCAGCAGCACAUGGGGUACAAUGUGCCCCCCGGAGUUGACUCUAAGAACUUGAGUAACAGUUUCUUACAGGAUGAAAUGAGCAAUCUACCACCUGCUUAUGACAGCAUCCACCACGAUUUGCCGGCGCCCCCGCCCCCAGUAGCCCCGACCCCGCAGCCCCGGCGCGCGCCCCCGGGCCCGUUCCCCGAGCUGCCGGAGCUGCCGUCCGUCCCGUCCGACCUGCUGCUGCCGUCCGUCCCGCACAGCAGGAACUCCAACACCUCGCACAACUCCAACACGCCGCCCGCGCCCAACGCGCCCGAUGAAAUCGACUUCGAUGACCUGAACCGCCGAUUUGAGGAGCUAAAGAAGAAGAAAUAAGGUCGGAAAUUGAUUGCCAGUUUAAGAGUUCGUAUUCAGUUGGAUCUGAUCUUGGUCUGAGAAUCAAUUGUUUUUUUUUUCUUUAAUGUCACAAAAUUGUAUUUUAUAACGAACUCUGUAUGCAAUAUAAUGAACGAGAUACCGCGGCCUUAAACAUAGAUUGAUUGGACACAAUGUAUUACGUAAUUGUGUCUUUUUUCAAGUAUUUGGCCUGAACGCUGAUUUCAUAUAAAUCAUUGGCUAAACUCUUAUUGAAUUAAACUACAGUUAAAGUAAUUAUUUACUGAUUGUGAUACAUAUAAUGAAGCAAAAUCAUCAUCUGCAAAUCAUUGUCAUGUUGGCACUAGCACAUAUUCACAUGCUAAUGUCAUGUAAAAAUGUUUAUUUCUUAUUUUAAGACUAAUCGUCAUAAUUACGAUGAUUUCUGUAUGUAUAAUGUAUAUUCAUAUUUUUGUAAAUUAUUUUUUUACUAUGGCAAUGUUCUACAAUGUCUAGCAUAAUUGAGUGUAUAGAUAAUAUAUAUAUAGUUGUUUUCACUGUUGUUCAAUUACAAUACAUAAUAAUCAGUGAUGUCAAGUAUUUUUGAUCUGUAGGCUUUAUAUUCUUUUAUUUUCAACUUUAUUUGAAAGUUUUUAGUUUGGUACAGAGCAAUAGAUAAUUUUGCGAGGCCGAUUGCUACGUAUUGUGCAGCAUUCAUUUAUAUUUUUUAAAUAAGUCGGGAGUUCCACGCCGCCGCCUCAGCUCAUGAUUAUGGAGUCCAUUGGGUUCCGAAUCUGGAUCGCUCCCGAUAAAUAGUCGUGAGUGGUUAUUUUAUCAAUAAUUCUGAAAGUUACUAAGUAGCCUUACGAAACGCUUAUUUUGCCCCAAUAACCCUUACAAAAAUAUCGAUUCUAUUUGCUCCUCUAUUCUUAUUUUAGAUUUAUUUUUUUCAUAUAUACCAUAUAAAAUAAGUUGUGAUUUGUCUUUUUGAGCAAAGACACAACAAUUUCCCUUACAUAUAAAUUCAUAAGUAUAAGUUGAGGGUUAAAUAAAAGAGGUUUAUUUUAAUAUUUUAUACAAUUUAUUAUUGCUGCAAGUGUCUGAUAUAAAACUAUGCUUCCAUUGAUGACGGGUAGCAAGUUAUUGUAGUGUUGCCAUAACAUUACACAUGAAAUACACAUACAUUUCAUUUA